AAACUGACGCAUUAAGGUCAAGGCUGUGAAAGGUUAACACCCGGCAUAGCGAAGGGUGUACUGUUCAGGUCUCUGCUCAUAGUUUUUUUUUUGUUACUCAUCAGAAGUUAGGAGAUCUAGAUCUACCUAAAGUUCUAAAUUAGAUCUAGAUAAGAUCUAUAUUUACAGACACAAUGACUACCAACGUUUUCUUUGAUAUCACUCAAGAUGGCAAGCCAUUGGGUCGCAUUGUUAUGACGCUCUAUACCCAGGAUGUGCCAAAGACUGCGGAAAAUUUCCGGGCACUCUGUACGGGAGAAAAGGGAUAUGGUUAUAAAGGAAGUACUUUUCAUCGUAUAAUCCCACAAUUCAUGUGUCAAGGUGGGGAUUUUACAAACCACAAUGGCACUGGUGGCAAGAGCAUCUAUGGCAACAAGUUUGAAGAUGAGAAUUUCAAGUACAAACAUGAAGGCCCAGGCACUUUGUCAAUGGCUAAUGCUGGCCCCAACACAAACGGCUCCCAGUUUUUUAUUUGCACAGCCAAGACUGACUGGUUGGAUGGCAAACAUGUUGUUUUUGGCAAGGUGGUUGAAGGCAUGGAUGUUGUAAGAAAAAUGGAAGCUUGUGGAGAUGACAGUGGGAAGCCCUCCAGCAAGAUCGCCAUUGCAGACUGUGGACAGUUGUAGGCACAUCUGCCUUGAAAUGGGCUCAUUUUAUUGCAUGUGGUUGUAAGGCACAUGAAUUCAUGUAGACAAUUUUUGUUUGUAAGCUUAUCUUUUUUGUUCAUUUCUUACUAGAACUCUAUGGAACAAUUGUAUUUAAUCUUAAAGCCAUCAGAAAAAAAAUUUUUAUAUGUAUUUAUACAAGAUGGACUGUAUUUUAAACCUAACAUUUGUUCUUUUUUUUUUUUAUACUUUAUUUUGUCAAAUUUAUAAAUAAAAAAUACUCGUCUCCGUCAAGAGUAAUUUGGCUGGUAGGCUGCAUAUUUUUAGGUCUUUUAUUGGACUUCAUAUUUAUUAACAAUUAUAGUCAUAAUAACAGAUUGUCAACACUAGCAUUGAACUGGUCAGGAUCAGGCAGUAACUAGCUUUGCAAUCUCAUUUUUUUUUUUAUUCUCUCCAUUUAAUCUCAUGACCAUGUUAUUAGGGGUAAUCUCAGCCACCUUGAACCUCUUGGUUGCUCAUUCGUUUGUUGCCAAAUUUAUUUGGUUUGCUGGAAUCAUUCCCUGUCUCAUGACUAUUCUAGACUUGCUUCAUUCGUAACACACAAUUUUACUUUUUUUUUUGUCCUGUGUUUAGCUGAAAUAAAGUCAUUUUUCAAAUA